AUGCCUCGCGAAAACCAAAAACGAGGUCGUCGGGCGACCGAAAAAGCCAAAAAGGAAGCAUCCAAACGGAAGCGCGACGAAGGAAUUGAAGAACCAACGCUUAAGCGAUUAAAGCCCUCAGCGGACGAGGACAACGCAGUCACCGCCGGCGCAGACUACGUACCUCUCGAAGGAGAGGAAUACGAUGACCAAUAUGCGACGGGAGCGGCAGAUGAAAUGCCUUUCUACGGUCUGCUUGACUCCGAAGAACAGGAAUAUUUCAGCAGAGCGAAUGAGAUGCUAGAGCUGAACCAAUUCGGGGACGCCGAGGAGCGCAGAUUAUUUGUAGACAGUGUGUUUCGGGAGGCUAGGGGGAAGGAAUUGAAAAUCGCUUGCAGUCAGUCGUGCUCGCGACUCAUGGAGAAGUUGAUAUCAGUUUCGGAUAUUCAUCAGAUCUGGAGGUUGUUUAACAAGUUCAUUGGACAUUUCUUGACGCUCGUACAGCAUCGGUUUGCGAGUCAUUGUUGCGAGAGAUUGUUCAUCAGCGCGGCACCAGGUGUGACGCAGAAGGCGUCGAAAACAAAGUCAAAAAAAGACGAUGAUAUCGAGAUGGAUGAAGAUGAAGAGCCGGAGCCGGAGCUGCCACUGGCGGAGAUGUUUAUGAAGGUCGUCGAGGAGCUGCAGGGAAACUGGGGAUAUUUGUUGACGGAACGAUUCGCGUCCCAUACAAUUCGGGUGUUGCUUCUUGUGCUUGCCGGAGAACCUGUCGACGUGUCUUCCAACGAUUCGGUUGUAGCGAGUCGCAAGAAGGAGAGACUGGGAGUUGUCGGUGGGGAGACACAGGAGAACAAUCCUUCAGGAGAGAAGAGGAGUGUUCCGGAGUCGUUUGAGGCUACGCUGAAGAAGGUCAUGCAGGACAUGGUCUCCGUACUCGACGAUACGUAUUUACGAGCUCUUGCAACGCACCCUGUCGGGAACCCGGUUCUACAGGUGCUGGUUCGGCUAGAGCUUUCUCACUUUGGGAAGUCAAGCGCGAAGCAACCCACGUCAAUCAUCAAGAGGCUGAUUCCUGAUGAGAAUUUUGAAGAUGAUUCCGAGACUACGAGAUUUAUUCGCGGCCUGCUCUACGAUCCUGUGGGUUCACGUCUCCUAGAAACAAUGGUACGAUGUAUGCCAGGGAAGAUGUUCAAGUCGCUCUACAGAAAUUACCUCCGCGACCAGAUGAGCUCUCUUGCUCGUAACCAGACCGCCGGCUACGUCGUGCUUAGGGUCCUUGAACGUUUAGGAAGAGAUGACUUGCAUGCUGUGAUGGAACAGAUUGUACCCAAGAUACCCAGCCUUAUAGAACGCUCUCGGACAAUCGUGCCAAAAGUGUUGAUCGAGAGAUGUUUAGCCCGAGGAGUUGAUACAAAGCCAAUUGCAAAAGCUCUCGAAUCUUCAUACGACUCGGAUCCUGCUCGCAGACUCGAACAGAUGCUCCGACUUGAGACGGCGAUGGCCGAUAAUAAAGAAAAGUCCGACAAGAACGGCCCGCCAGGUGAAUCCAACCCGGGCUCUGCUGCUGCCGAAAAACUGCACGGCUCAUUGCUCGCACAAACCAUCGUCACAGCUCCGGGGCAACUGAGCGAGCUCGUAUUCUCAAGUCUGCUCGCACUGUCUCCCGAAGUCCUUCUCAGUAUCUGCAAAGACCCAACGGCGUCGCGCGUAAUACAACAAGCCCUAACAUCGCCCGCCUCUUCUCCACAGUUCCGCCGACAAUUCACUACCCGCUUUACGAGUCAUAUGAACGAGCUUGCGCUUGAUAGUAGUGGAUCCCAUGUGGUUGAUGCUUUGUGGCCAGCAACCAAGGAUAUCUACUUUAUCAAGGAACGGAUGGCGCAAGAGCUAGCCCAGAACGAACUAGCUCUCCGCGACUCCUUCGUCGGACGUGCGGUAUGGAGGAACUGGGCGAUGGACCUUUACAAGAGACGCCGGGGCGAAUGGGCGGCCAAGGCGAAGGGAAGAGAUAUUACGAACGAUUCUGCUGAGAAACCCAAAUCGCGCCUCGAUAUGGCUCGCGCCAGGUAUGCUGCUAAACAGAGUGAGGCGACCGGUGCAAAUGCGGUGGCCGCGAAGCAAUAG